UGGCAACGACAGCUACAAUUUAAAUUUUCACAAAAUCCCAAAUUAUUCCAUCAUACCCAAUAAACAGGAAGAACAGGAUAUAAUGGAAUAAUUUAUCUAUAAAUAUCCCCUUUCAUAAUACGGCAGCAGAACCAGAAGUCACCAAUGUCACAGUUUGCGGCGCGAUGUCUUCGCGCACUCAGUCUAAGGGCUACCAAAAACAUGAACAUGAUCAGACAAGCACCUCGCCGCGCCGUCGAACAAACAAGACCAAUCAGUCUCCCACUUCAGGCGCCUUCGCAAAACUUCUGGUUGCUGCUGACCACAGUAUUCGCGGCUUCUCUGGAUGAGCGUGAUGAAGAAAUCGCUGAACCACCGCCGGCCAAUUUUGCAACCACUUUUGAGUCAGAAAAUGUGACCACCCUAAUGAAAGUGUCCGAGCUGGAGGCCUUGCUAGCCGACGCCGGGGACAAGUUGGUGGUGAUCUUCUGCAUGGUGCGCUGGUGCCCUUUCUGCAGGAAGAUCGCUCCCACAGUCGAGGAUAUUGCUGCUAAGGGGUCGCAGAAUUUGGUCAUGCUCAAGCUGGACAUGGAUGACCGUGAAGCCGAGUCUUCCAAGAUCCUCGCUCGCUACUCGGCGUACCACAUGCACCACGACCGCUACGCUGUGGGGCUCCCCACCUUCGUGUUCCUGAAGGACGGCGCCAAGCUGGAGCACUACAGCAGCGCCGACGACGAGCGCCUGCGCAGCGCCGUCAGGAAAUACACCGGCUUCAUGGCGUGAAUCAUAUGGCAAUACUAUUAAACAGUACAACUAUC